AUGGUUUCAACUCAAUUCCUCACUGGUGUGCUGGCGUUGUUCGCCGCCAACGCUGUCAGCGCCGGGCCUUGCAAACCUUCUUCUUCUACCGUCUACACAGCGACUACUGGGGAAACCACCACGACUGAGACCUCGUCUGCCACAGUCAGUGAGUCGUUUACUGAAACCCUCACUAGUCUUGGCUCGACCGAGACUGAGACUACCAACUCUCUCUACCUCGGCCGAGACUUCAACUGCCCUCGGUACUUCCAUGACAUUGCUCAUCACGACAAGUGA